AUGAUUUGCUGUGGAGGCGCAGAAGAAGACAGUUAUAUCAGCGGUCCACCGGUUAAUCAAAAUACAGCACCUCCGAGAGCCGGCAAUCCUUAUGGUGGUGGAACGGGUGGUGGUAGUGAAAGAGGAGAGCCAAGGAGUGCUGCUAAGAGUGGAGCUCCUCAGAAAGUUUUACCUAUUGAGGUACCAGAAAUGUCCUUGGUUGAGCUAAACAGACUUACUGGCAACUUUGGAAAGAAAACUCUCAUUGGAGAGGGAUCUUAUGGCCGCGUUUUUUGUGCUAAAUUAAGCAACGGCCAACAAGCAGCAAUAAAGAAAUUGGAUACUACUUCUUCACCAGAACCAGAUUCUGACUUCACCGCCCAGUUAUCAAUGGUUUCAAGACUUAAGCACGAGCAUUUUGUAACACUGUUAGGAUGUUGCCUCGCAGCAAACAAUCGGAUCUUGGUUUAUGAGUUUGCAACUAUGGGCUCGCUGCAUGAUGUAUUACAUGGCAGAAAAGGAGUACAAGGUGCUGAGCCUGGUCCAGUUCUUACCUGGAAUCAGAGAGUCAAAAUUGCUUAUGGUGCAGCUAGAGGACUUGAAUAUCUACACGAAAAAGUUCAACCGCCAAUUAAGCAUCGGGAUGUAAGAUCCAGCAAUGUACUACUCUUUGAUGAUUUUACUGCAAAGAUUGCUGAUUUCAACUUGACAAACCAGUGUUCGGACACAGCAGCUCGUCUGCAUUCAACUCGAGUACUGGGGACAUUUGGCUACCAUGCUCCAGAGUAUGCUAUGACAGGACAGAUAACACAGAAAAGUGAUGUUUAUAGUUUUGGAGUUGUUCUGUUAGAACUCUUGACAGGAAGGAAACCAGUAGAUCAUACAAUGCCAAAAGGGCAACAGAGUCUUGUCACAUGGGCGACUCCACGACUAAGUGAAGAUAAAGUAAAGCAGUGUGUAGAUCCUAAGCUAAAUAAUGAGUACCCUCCAAAAGCAAUUGCUAAGAUGGCAGCUGUUGCAGCACUUUGUGUUCAAUACGAGGCAGAUUUCCGCCCAAACAUGACAAUUGUCGUCAAGGCACUGCAACCACUACUCAAUGCAAAACCAGCAGGAGCAGAGCCGCAUGCAUAGAUAGAA